UGGUAAUAUGUUAUUUUUUUUCCUGUAUGUUUUUGUGGGAGGAUUGCAGCUACAAAUGGCAAAGUCCUCACAGACCCCUGUUGUUUGAAAGCAGCUUGUCACUGCAAAUCAGCUUACUCAACCAAUUAAUAAAUUCCUUCAUAACACAUUGCAGCCAUUCUACAUCCAAGUCCUUUCUUUUUGUUUGUUUUAAACCCGCAAGUAGCACUGGCCAUGACUGUGGACUUGUAAUCCACAAACAAGUUUGGGAUGCUUUGCUUUCUACUGCCGCCAGAAGCCAUCAUGUUGAACUUGAAGAAACAUUUCUGUUGGAAAAGUGGAUUUUUCUUCAUCUUUGUUAUUCUCUUUGUAAAGGUCUUGGCUGAAUCCCGGCAUGAGAACACAAGCCAAACCUACGGCCAAGGAGGUCUGCUUCAAACGUUACAUAGUCUUAUAGCUAAAAAUGAAACUGAUAUCCAGAAGAACAGCUCAAGAGAACUUUUGACAAAGUUGCUAGAAAAGAUUGAAUGUCCGAAAGGUAUAACAGAAAGACCAGCGCAGACAUGUAAACAGUGUCUUCAGCUUGACACCCUGCUAUUCAUGGCCAGGAAAGAACUAGGUGAUAUAAUAAAUGAAGAGAUAAUGCAAAGAAUCUCAGUCAUACUGCUAUACUACAUAUUAUAUCAAAAGGACUUCUGCUCAUCUACGUUGGACCCUAAUAUGGAUUACAUAUACUACAUCAACGGAAUACUUAAUCUACAAAAAGACGAAGACUGUCAUUAUCUUUCUGACAAUGAAGUAGAGGAGAUCCUGCUUACAACAAAGCAAUAUUUCCAAAUAUCUGACGGUCAACAGUGCGUUAAUUGGAAUUCUCUUGGAAUACCACACACUAUAGGCUCUAAUGAACUUCCCAGGCUAGCCGAAAUUAUCCUUACAUUUUCCAUACAGCGCUUGUGUAUAAGGAAAAAAAUAAUACCAAAUGCUGACUUUUUUACGGAUUAUAUAUUUCAGUCUUUGAACAGAACAAGUGAGCUGUCUGCUACGGAAAUAGACGAACUUCUUGGAAAACUUAAAUCAAUAAUUAGAUGUGAAAAGAUGGAUCACAACCACAGGCGAAAGCAGAGAAGCCUAGUUAUUCCAGGAACAAACCGUGAACCAUUCCCAGGAAGAGAAGAAGAAAUCCAGAAAAACAAUCAAGACAUGUAUGUGAUACAGGAGUACACAGACUCCACUCAGGGUCAGCCUUGUUUUUCUGCAAAUGAGCUUAUGGAGAUUUUUCUACAGAACAGCCGCUCCGCUGUUUCAAGGGAACAGUUCAAGCAGAUCAGUCCAGCAAUUAUCCAUCAACUUCUAACCUGCGCCUGCCAGCCAGCCGGCCGUGCCAGCACUCAGCUCCCCCCUCCAACCACCCUACAAAAAUAUGGUUACAGCACAAUUGCAGUCGUGCUUCUCACCAUUGGAUCUAUGUUUGGUGCCACGCUUAUUAUAUUUAGUUCUUGUGAGGAAAACUACAAUCUUAUCUUACAGUUGUUUGUAGGACUGGCUGUUGGAACUCUGUCUGGAGAUGCUCUUCUUCACCUGAUCCCUCAGGUUCUUGGAAUCCAUGACAAUAUGUCACAUGAACACGGUGUUCAGGAGGAGGAAAUUCCCUUUGAAGAUAAAGAAUAUUUGUGGAAGAUAAUGGGGAUGAUUGGAGGGAUUCAUGGAUUCUUCCUCAUCAACAAACUUUUCUAUCUUCUGGUUUCAUCCACACGGCAGGGUCGUUCAUUUGCGAAUGGGCAUUCUCACGACUUUUCGCUGGAUUCUCACUUGAAUGAUCAGUCGAGGAAAGCAAAAUCAACCUCUACCAUUCAACUGAGAACCCCCGAAGACUGCGAACCUUCAGAUGGCAUUAUACCUGAUAUUACACCAGUCAGUAUAAGGGGAAGAAAAAAACACAAAGGUAUUAGUUUGCUGGCAGUGAUGAUCCUACUGGGGGACAGCCUACACAACUUUGCGGAUGGGAUGGUGAUAGGAUCUGCGUAUUCAUCUUCUACUGAAACUGGGGUAGCAACAACAAUAGCAAUUCUGUGUCAUGAAAUUCCCCAUGAAAUGGGUGACUUUGCUGUGCUAUUGAAUAGUGGACUGUCCGCUAAAAUUGCCUUUUUAAUGAACUUUAUCAGUGCAUUAACAGCGUUUGCCGGUCUGUACAUAGGCCUGUCCGUGUCGAGCAACCCCAGUGUUCAAAUAUGGAUAUUCGCUGUCACAGCUGGGAUGUUCCUAUACCUGUCUCUAGUGGAGAUGCUACCUGAAAUGACUCAUAUUCAGACACAACGACCCUGGCUAAUGUUUUUCCUCCAAAACCUAGGACUACUUCUUGGAUGGCUAUGCCUGUUGGUGUUGGCACUUUAUGAACAUAAAAUUAAGCUAUAAAGUUUAACUUGAAGAUUAGCAGAUGUACCGUGUGAAUAUGUUGUUUUCAUUAAUGUGUAUAUGGUAAUGUCAUUUAUGUUCCAAAUCUAUUUUAAUAAUAGGAUUUUAUGUCCUGGGUUUAGUGCACCA